CCGGUCAGCACAAAGCAGCUAUCGCCGGCGGGCAAAGCGAUCGGCGGUGGUGGCAGUGUGGAUAGUAGCGGAAGCGAUCAUAGCAGCGGGAGUACCACGGCCGCUGAGAUGGUAGCGUACAAUCUGAGCGGUGAGAUCGGUGAUGGUGCGGGUGUAGGCAAAGGUGAUUCCCCCGGAAAUCAUUUACAUCUGCACCAUCACCAGGGCAGUAUCGGGAGCAGUGCGUCCUCGGGUUUGCUGGCCGUUGCUGUGGGCAGUAAUGUGGGUGGUACGGUGAGUGCGGGCACGGUCGGUACGAUUACCUCAUCCGCUUCGUCGAGCGCGAGUGCAAGUGUGCCACUGCUGCACCAUCACCACCAUCACCAUCUGCAUCACCACCUGCAUCAGCAUCUGCACCCGGGUGGCUCUGCCGCUUCUGCUGUCGAUCUCAACAACACCGUACCCAUCCCUAGCAAACGAAAUCUCUGA